AUGGAAGGCUCAGAUUCGCUUGGCGAGCACAGAGUGUUUGUGGGAGGGGUUAGCUGGAAGGUCAAUGACGCUACGCUGCACAGUUUUUUCGAAAACAACUACGGUCCCGUGAUCGAGUGUAAGCUUAUCAUGGACAAGCAGACCGGCAAAUCGAAAGGAUACGGGUUUGUUACCUUCGCCAACCCGGAGACUGCCGCCGCUGUCAAGCGGAUGGGGACCAUACCCUUGAUGGGCAAGAACGUGCGUUCAUGCCACACGCCACACCCCACGCCACACCCCCAACUCACAAAGACAACGGUCUAUGUGCAGAUGAACGUCGGCGAUGCGUUCAGGAAGGGACCAGGAAUGGGUGGCGGCGGCGGCGGCGGCGGCAUGCGCAUGCAGCAGCAGCACCAGCAGGCGCCGAUGCACCACCAGGGGAUGGGUAUGGGCGGACGGCCAGGCGGGUUGCUCGACCGGCCGCCGCAUCAAGGCCAGUCCUCCCCAUAUGGGCACCAAACAGCGCCACCGCCUUCCCAGUCCGCCUACCCCUCGACACAGCCUCCGUCAGGUGGCGUCUACCAGCAGUCGGGUGGCUACUACCAGGACCCCUACCAGAUGAACACUGGCGGAUACUAUGGCAGCCAGUGGUCCCACCAGCAGCCUGCAGCGCCCGCGCAUCAGGCACAGUCGGUCUACGGCUACCCGGCGGCGGCCCAGCAGUCCGGCUACGGGUCCUACGCCGGGUACCAGCAGCCGGUGGCCCAACAGCAGGCCUAUUCCUAUCCGCAGCAACAACAAGGUGCGUACUACCUCUCUCGCGACCACGAUCAUCAACUAACCAUCAACGCUUGUUAUUCGUUCACUCCUACAGCCUGGCCACAGCAACAACUUCAGCAGCCACCGCAGCAGCAGCAGCAAAUGCAACAACAGCAAAUGCAGCAGCAGCAGCAGAUUCAGAUUCAGCAGCAGUCGUACGGAAGCUACGGAAUGUGA